ACAGCUUAGCGCUAUCUGACCGCUGUGUCUCACACUUUUUCUUUCAUUUUCUUCCCCUCCCUCUCUCUCUCUCUUUCCCUGUCCUCCCUCUCUCUCUCUUUCCCUGUCCUCCCUCUCUCCAGGUAGCCGAGCCUAAGCGGAGCGGGUUGGGCGGACCCUCCCUCCUCCACCUCCUCCCACCCAUCUUCCUCCAGCAUCCCGGUCCGUGCCGUGUUUGUGUCUAUCCGCCGGGUCGGCGAAGCAUGCUGGCAGUAUGGACGUGAAGGAACGCAGGCCCUACUGCUCGCUGACCAAGAGCAGGCGCGACAAGGAGCGGCGCUACACGGGCUCAUCCGGCGACAGCGAGGAGUGCGGCAGCAGCGGGCCGGGACCGAGGGUACCCACCCAGAAGUCGUACAGCUCCAGCGAGACGCUCAAGGCCUUCGACCACCAGGACUCCUCCAGACUAUUGUACAGCAGCAGAGUGAAGGAGAUGGUGCACCGUGAACAGGACGAGUACACCCGACAAGGGCAGAACUUCAACCUGAGACAACUGGGGAUCUGCGAGCCGUCCACGCGCCGCGGCCUGGCCUUCUGCUCCGAGAUGGGCCUCCCCCACCGCGGUUACUCGGUCGGCGCCGGCUCCGACGUGGACACCGAGAACGAGGGCGUGAUGUCACCGGAGCGUGCCAUGCGGCUGUGGGGCCGUGGGGUGAAGUCGGGCGGCCGGAACUCGUGCCUGUCCAGCCGGUCCAACUCGGCCCUGACCCUCACCGACACAGAGCACGAAAACAAGUCGGACAGCGAUAAUGGUUCUCCCAUGCCAUCCUCUCUACCCAGCCCAUCAGUUACUGACCAUUCACACUCGCAACCACCAUCACCCAAUCUCCAUGACAACCAGAGCUCGUUGCUAAGUAGCGCCAGCGCCCAUCCGGCGGUCCAUGAGUCGGACGAGGACGAGGAAGAGUACACAGCCACGCUGUACUUACCUGUAACGCAGGUCACAGCUCACAGCCACCACGGCCUCGACUGUAAUGAGCAACCACCCAAUCACCACCAGCAGGGCCAGUCCACGCUGCCGCCAGCCCUGCCUCCCCACAAGCAGCAGCCGUUGGUCACCGCGCUCAACCACAACUCCCUGAGCAGCCGUAACCGUAACCCCAGCCCGGCCCCACCGGCCGCCCUCCCCGCCGAGCUGCAAACCACACCCGAGUCCGUGCCGCUGCAGGACAGCUGGGUCCUGGGCAGCAAUGUGCCACUGGAGAGCAGAAAAUUAGCAAAGCAAGCCGUUCUGGAAAACGGGCAUGACAACCUGAUAGAGAUGGAUGUGUUCCCUCCCGCGUGCCACGAAGGUGCCUAUGGGGAUGGGCACUUCCUCUUCAAGACAGGCACCGGCACGACCCCUCUGUUCAGCACGGCUACUCCAGGCUACACCAUGGCAACGGGCUCCGUCUACUCGCCGCCCACACGGCCCCUACCCAGAAACACCCUCUCCCGCUCCGCCUUCAAGUUCAAGAAAUCCUCCAAGUACUGCUCCUGGAGAUGCACUGCUCUCAGCGCCGUGGGCCUGUCCGUCCUGCUGUCUGUCCUGCUCUGCUAUUGCAUAGCCAUGCAUCUGUUUGGUCUGAACUGGCAGAUGCAGGAGACAGAGGGCUACACCUUUGAGAACGGUCAGGGGAAGUCAGACACCACACCCAACACCAUCACCGCACUGUCUGCUGAUAACGGUAAAGUAGUGGUGUUCCUGCAGGAGAACAACACCAUAGACACGGGGGAGGUGGACGUGGGGCGCAGGGCCCUUCAGGAAGUCCCACCAGGGAUCUUCUGGCGCUCCCAGCUCUACAUUGACCAGCCCCAGUUCCUCAAGUUCAACAUCUCAGUGCAGAGGGAUGCGUUGGUGGGGGUCUACGGCAGGAAGGGCCUGCCCCCCUCGCAUACACAGUAUGACUUUGUGGAGCUGCUGGAUGGCAGUCGCCUGAUCACCAAGGAGAAGCGCGGGCUGGUGGAGGUGGAGGGCGUGUCAAGGCGGGCGCGUUCGGUGAGCGUGCACGAAGCGGGCUUCAUCCAGUACCUGGACUCUGGCAUCUGGCACAUGGCCUUCUACAACGACGGGAAGAACUCAGAACAGGUCUCCUACAACACCAUCGUCAUAGAGACCGUUAUGGAGUGUCCCCACAAUUGCCAUGGCAACGGUGACUGUCUGUCUGGAACGUGUCAUUGCUUCCCAGGGUUCCUUGGGCCUGAUUGCUCAAGAGCUUCGUGCCCCGUGCUGUGCAGUGGUAACGGACAGUACUCCAGGGGUCGCUGCCUGUGCUUCAGUGGCUGGAAGGGGACCGAGUGUGACGUGCCCAGCAACCAGUGUAUAGACAUCCACUGUGGGGGACACGGCAUCUGCAUCAUGGGCGUCUGUGCCUGCAACACCAGAUACAAGGGAGACAACUGUGAAGAAGUGGACUGCCUGGACCCUGGCUGUUCAGUCCAUGGUGUGUGUAUCCACGGGGAGUGCCACUGUAGCCCGGGCUGGGGGGGCACCAACUGUGAGAUCCUCAAGACCAUGUGCCCCGACCAGUGCUCCGGCCACGGCACCUACCAGAGCGAAAGCGGCACUUGCACCUGCGACACCAACUGGACCGGCCCCGACUGCUCCGUCGAGGUGUGUGUGGUGGACUGCGGCUCCCAUGGCGUGUGUUUCGGGGGCAGCUGUCGUUGCGAGGAUGGCUGGACGGGUACAGUCUGUGACCAGAAGGCCUGCCACCCCAUGUGCACUAAGAACGGAGUCUGCAAGGAGGGCAAGUGUGAGUGCAACCAGGGCUGGACCGGAGAGCACUGCAACAUCGCUCACAAUCCGGAUAUUAGAGUCAAAGGAUUUAAAGAGGGCUGCCCAGGCCUGUGUAACAACAACGGUCGUUGUACCCUGGACCAGAACGGAUGGCACUGCGUCUGCCAGUCCGGGUGGCGUGGGACGGGAUGCGACGUCGCCAUGGAGACCCUCUGCACCGACGGCAAGGAUAACGAAGGAGACGGCCUGGCUGACUGUAUGGACCCAGACUGUUGCCUCCAGACAUCCUGUCAGACCCAGUCAUAUUGCCGCGGCUCCCCGGACCCCUCUGACAUCAUCAGUCAGAGCCCGUCCAGCCUGAUGCCCCAGCAUGCCGCACGCUCCUUCUACCAACGCAUCCGCUUCCUGGUUGGACCAGAGGGCAGCCACGUCAUCACUGGGGACAACCCCUUCAACAAGAGCCUGGUGUCCAUCAUCAGAGGCCAAGUCCUGACGGCAGACGGAACCCCCCUCAUAGGAGUCAAUGUUACCUUCGUCCACUACCCCGACCACGGAUACACCGUCACGCGCAAGGACGGCAUGUUUGACCUGUUGACCAACGGUGGGGCCAGUCUGACCCUGGGUUUCGAGCGUGCUCCGUUCCUGAUACAGUACCGCACCGUGUGGAUCCCCUGGAACGUCUUCUAUGUCAUGGACACCCUGGUCAUGAAGAAGGAGGAGAAUGACAUCCCCAGCUGUGACCUGAGUGGUUUCAUCAGGCCCAGUCCUGUCAUCGUGGCCUCUCCCCUCUCUACCUGCUUCAGGUCCUCACCAGAGGAUGGGCCCAUCAUACCUGAGACACAGGUCCUCCAGGAGGAGACGUCCAUCCCGGGCAGCGACCUCAACCUGCUGUACCUGUCCUCGCGGGCGGCCGGCUACAAGCCUGUCCUCAAGGUCACCAUGACACAGGCCAGUGUGCCCUUCAACCUCAUGAAGGUGCACCUGAUGGUGGCGGUGGUGGGGCGUCUGUUCCAGAAGUGGUUCCCUGCCCAGCCCAACCUCUCCUACACCUUCAUCUGGGACAAGACAGACGCUUACAACCAGAAGGUCUACGGCUUGUCUGAGGCAGUCGUGUCCGUGGGUUUUGAGUACGAGUCGUGUCUGGACCUGAUCCUGUGGGAGAAGAGGACAGCCACACUGCAGGGCUAUGAGCUCGACGCGUCCAACAUGGGAGGCUGGACGCUGGACAAACACCAUAUACUGGAUAUCCAGAACGGCAUCCUGUACAAGGGCAACGGGGAGAACGUGUUCAUCUCCCAGCAGCCCCCAGUGAUCAGCAGCAUCAUGGGUAACGGCCGGCGCCGCAGCAUCUCGUGCCCCAGCUGUAACGGCCAGGCGGAGGGCAACAAGCUGCUGGCCCCCGUGGCGCUGGCCUGUGGCGCUGACGGGAGCCUCUUCGUCGGGGACUUCAACUACAUCAGACGCAUCUUCCCCUCUGGGAACGUCACCAGUGUGAUGGAGCUCAGAAAUAAAGAUUUCAGACAUAGCAACAACCCGGCCCACCGGUACUACCUGGCGACGGACCCGGUUACGGGGCAGCUGUACGUGUCUGACACCAACUCCCGCCGUAUCUACCGUCCCAAGGUCCUGACGGGCACCAAGGAGCUGAUCCAGAACGGAGAGGUGGUGGCGGGUACCGGGGAGCAGUGUCCCCCCUUCGACGAGGCACGCUGCGGGGACGGGGGAAAGGCCACAGAGGCCCUCCUCAUGGGACCCAAAGGUAUUACGGUAGAUAAGAACGGAUACAUCUACUUCGUAGACGGGACCAUGAUCAGGAAGGUGGAUCGUAACGGGAUCAUCUCCACCCUGUUGGGCUCCAACGACCUCACCUCAGCACGACCCCUGACCUGUGAUACCAGCAUGCACAUCAGACAGGUUCGUCUGGAGUGGCCCACAGCUCUGGCCAUCAACCCCAUGGAUAAUUCCAUCUAUGUCCUGGACAACAACGUGGUGCUGCAGAUCACUGAGAACAGACAGGUGCGCAUCGUGGCGGGACGCCCCAUGCACUGCCAGGUGCCGGGUAUAGAAUACACGCUGGGCAAGCGGGCGGUGCAGACCAUGCUGGAGGGAGCUGCCGCCAUCGCCCUCUCCUACAGUGGCGUGCUCUACAUCGCCGAGACUGAUGAGAAGAAGAUACACCGCAUCCGCCAGGUGUCCACGGACGGCGAGAUCACGCCCUUGGCCGGAGCUCUGUCCGACUGCGACUGCAAGAACGACGCCAACUGCGACUGCUACCAGACGGGUGACGGCUACGCCAAAGACGCCCGCCUCAACUCGCCCUCCUCGCUGGUCGUCUCGCCCGACGGUACGCUCUACGUGGCCGACCUGGGAAACAUCCGCAUCCGCGCCGUACGCCGCAACCAACCGCCGUCGGGCUCCGCCGUGUCCGGCCCGGGCUCCUUCGAGGUGGCCUCGCCGUCGUCCCAGGAGCUCUACGUGUUUGAUUCCAACGGAACCCACCAGUUCACCAUGUCUCUCGUCACCGGGGACUACAAGUACAACUUCAGCUAUAGCAACGAGGAGGACGUUACAGCCGUGACGGAUAGUAGUGGCAACACCUUGAGGAUCCGCCGCGACCCCAACCGGAUGCCGGUGCGGAUCGUUGCCCCGGACAACCAGGUGAUCUGGCUGACAAUCGGGACCAAUGGCGGGUUGAAGACACUGACGGCCCAGGGACAGGAACUGGUGCUGUUCACCUACCAUGGCAACAGUGGGCUGCUCGCCACCAAGACCAUACAGAUAGGAUGGACCACCUUCUAUGAUUAUGACAGUGAAGGUCGCCUAACCAACGUGACGUUCCCUACGGGGGUGGUGACCAACCUGCACGGGGACAUGACCGGGGCCAUCACGGUGGACAUUGAGACGUCCGGCCGCGACGAGGACGUCAGCAUCACCACUAACCUCUCCUCCAUCGACUCCUUCUACACUCUGGUCCAGGACCAACUAAGGAACAGCUACCAGGUGGGCUACGACCACUCUCUGAGGGUGAUCUAUGCCAACGGGAUGGACACACACUACCAGACGGAGCCCCACAUCCUGGCGGGCGCUGCCAACCCCACGGUGGCACGGAGGAACAUGACGCUGCCCGGGGAGAACGGGCAGAACCUGGUGGAGUGGCGCUUCCGCAAAGAGCAGACCCGGGGGAAAGUCAUCGUGUUCGGGAGGAAGCUCAGGGUGAACGGCAGAAACCUUCUCUCGGUGGAUUACGACCGAACUCUCCGGACAGAAAAGAUCUACGACGACCACAGGAAGUUCCUGCUGAAGAUCGUGUAUGACACCCAGGGUCACCCUACUCUGUGGGUCCCCAGCAGUAAGCUGCUGUCAGUCAACCUUACCUACUCCAGCACGGGGCAGGUGACCAGCCUACAGAGGGGUCCCACCACAGAGAGGGUGGAGUACGAUGGUCAAGGGAGGAUUGUGUCCCGAGUGUUCGCCGAUGGAAAGACCUGGAGUUUUACAUACCUGGAUAAGUCCAUGGUGCUCCUGCUCCACAGCCAGCGUCAGUACAUCUUUGACUACGACCUGUUGGACCGCCUGUCUGCUGUCACCAUGCCUUCGGUGGCCCGUCACACCAUGCAGACCAUCCGCUCUUUGGGCUACUAUCGCAACAUUUACAACCCCCCGGAGAGCAACGCCUCGGUCACCGUUGACUACAGCGAAGACGGACAGCUCCUCAGAGUGGCCCACCUAGGGACAGGUCGUAGAAUUCUCUACAAGUACCGACGACAGAACAAAAUGGCGGAGAUCUUGUAUGAUUCUACGAGGGUUAGCUUCACCUACGACGAGACAGCUGGUGUGCUGAAGACGGUGAACCUCCAGAGCGAAGGGUUCAUCUGUUCCAUCCGGUACCGGCAGAUUGGACCGUUGGUGGACCGGCAGAUCUUCCGGUUCAGUGAGGACGGCAUGGUGAACGCACGGUUUGAUUAUACCUACGACAACAGCUUCCGGGUCACCAGCAUGCAGGCUGUCAUCAACGAGACACCGCUGCCCAUCGACCUCUACCAGUUUGACGACAUCUCCGGGAAGGUGGAACAAUUCGGAAAGUUUGGCGUGAUCUACUACGACAUCAACCAGAUCAUCUCCACGGCCGUCAUGACUUACACCAAGCACUUCGACGUCCACGGGCGGAUCAAGGAGAUCCAGUACGAGAUCUUCAGAUCCCUCAUGUACUGGAUUACCAUCCAGUAUGACAACAUGGGCCGGGUGACCAAACGCGAGAUCAAGAUCGGACCGUUCGCCAACACUACCAAGUAUGGUUACGAGUACGACGUGGACGGUCAGCUCCAGACGGUCUACCUCAACGAGAAGAUGAUGUGGCGCUACAACUACGACCUGAACGGCAACCUCCACCUGCUCAACCCGGGUAACAGCGCCCGGCUCACCCCGCUACGCUACGACCUCCGAGACCGCAUCACGCGGCUCGGGGACGUCCAGUACCGGUUGGACGAUGACGGGUUCCUGAGACAGAGAGGAGCUGAGAUCUUUGAGUACAACUCCAAGGGCCUUCUGGAACGCGUCUACAGCAAAGGCAACAGUUGGACCAUCCAGUACCGCUAUGACGGUUUGGGCCGCCGUGUGGCCUCCAGAACCAGCCUAGGCCAGCACCUGCAGUUCUUCUAUGCCGACCUGAACUACCCGACCAGGAUCACUCACGUCUACAACCACAGCAGCUCAGAGAUCACAUCUCUCUACUACGACCUGCAGGGACACCUCUUCGCCAUGGAGAUCAGUAGCGGAGAGGAGUUCUAUAUCGCCUGUGACAACACCGGAACCCCUCUAGCAGUGUUCAGUAGUAAUGGGCUUCUUCUGAAGCAGGUGCAGUACACAGCCUACGGCGAGGUCUACUUUGACUCCAACCCUGACUUUGUCCUGGUGAUCGGCUUCCACGGGGGUCUCUACGAUCCCUUGACACGGCUGCUGCAUUUCGGGGACCGGGACUAUGACAUCCCGGCGGGGCGCUGGACCACCCCAGACAUCGGGACGUGGACGAGAGUCGGGAAAGACCCGGCGCCGUUCAACCUGUACAUGUUCCGGAACAACAACCCUGUCAGCAAAGUUCACGAGGUCAAGGAGUACGUCACAGAUGUCAAUAUCUGGCUGGUGACGUUUGGGUUCCACCUUCACAAUGCCAUCCCCGGGUUCCCCAUCCCCAAGUUUGACCUCACACAGCCGUCCCUGGAGAUGAAGAAGAGCCAGCUCUGGGACGACCUGCCGUCCAUCUCGGGGGUGCAACAGGAAGUGACCCGGCAAGCCAAGGCUUUCCUGUCCUUUGAGAGGAUGCCGGAGAUCCAGCUGAGCCGCCGACACUCCAACCGGGAGAAACCCUGGCUGUGGUUCGCCACCGCCAAGUCGCUGAUCGGUAAGGGUGUCAUGUUGGCGGUGACGCAGGGCCGUGUGGUCACCAACACUCUGAACAUCGCCAACGAGGACUGCAUCAAGGUCGCCGCCGUCCUCAACAAUGCGUUCUACCUCGAGGACCUACACUUCACGGUGGAGGGACGCGACACGCACUACUUCAUCAAGACCAGCCUCCCGGAGAGCGACCUGGGAGCGCUGAGGCUGACAAGCGGGAGGAAGUCCCUGGAGAACGGAGUCAACGUGACUGUGUCCCAGUCCACCACCGUGGUGAACGGCAGGACUCGGCGCUUCGCCGAUGUGGAGCUGCAGUACGGCGCUCUGGCGCUCCACGUGCGCUACGGCAUGACUCUGGACGAGGAGAAGGCGCGCGUGCUGGAGCAGGCCAGGCAGAAGGCGUUGUCGAGUGCUUGGUCCAGGGAGCAACAACGGGUGAGGGAGGGGGAGGAGGGGGUGAGGCUGUGGACGGAGGGGGAGAAGAGGCAGCUGCUGAGCGGAGGGAAGGUGCUGGGCUACGACGGGUACUACGUCCUCUCCAUAGAGCAGUACCCCGAGCUAGCAGACUCCGCUAACAACAUCCAGUUCCUCAGGCAGAGCGAAAUAGGGAAGAGGUAACAGACAGAAUCCUCGGCACUGGCCGCCAAAGAGACUACCCCCUCCAAAUCCUGCCCCCCAACCUCUCUCGCCUCCCCCCUUUUCUCGAAAAAGGGGGAGGGUCCAAGCUAGUGAUGUGUUUAGCGCCGCCUAGCUGAAACAAACACAGUAAAAUGUAGAAAUAUUUCAAACUGAACUAAACCUAAUACUACCACUGUGGGACGGCUCCAACUGACGCAGAUGUUUGUCCCGUGCUAUACAGCGUUGAAUGGACUGUGGACUCUCUUGAAAAGAGAGGGAAAAGAAGUCAGAACUCUCAGUUUUGUGAAAGGAAAAAAAAGUUUUUGUUUUUUAAAUUGACUUCCUGCUAUUUGCUUUCGGAAAAAUUAUUUUAAAAAGGAAGAAAAAAUGUGUUUACAUACGCAUACCACUACAACACGUCUGGACUAAUAGAAAAAAAAGCCUUCUGGUUUCUUACAAAGGACAACGUCUAUAAUCUGAUUCUACAUCCUGACGACUGACCUUUGAUUGACCUUUGUGUACUGAAAAAGGUAGUGUUGUUGUUCGCUGCAGGACCAUGGUGGCAUCAAGACAGUCAAAACAGUCACUUGUUGAAUCCACUUGCUUGUUCUCCUGCUUUUCUUUCUAAAAGGGACAUAACAGCUCCCACCAAGUGACAUCUUUACCAAUACUAGAUCAAAGUGGGACGUUUUGGGAAUCGGGAGGGUGUGUGUGUGUGUGUGUGUGUGUGUGUGUGUGUGUGUGUGUGUGUGUGUGUGUGUGUGUGUGUGUGUGUGUGUGUGUGUGUGUGUGUGUGUGUGUGUGUGUGUGUGUGUGUGUGUGUGUGUACAAUGGAGACAAUUUGUGUGUGUGUAUGUAUGGAGGAAGUUAAUCAAUUAAAUGAAAUGAAAGACUCAUAUCCAACCAAUCUUUUGAAAAACAAUGUGAGACAGUAUCUUUAUGGAUUUUUUUAUUAAGAUGAAAAAUUCCAAACUUAUCCGUACAUCAAUAUUAGCCUCUUAGAGAAAGUAAUUUAUGUACAGUGUUUAUACAUUUAAAAAAAUAAAAUCGGAAAAAAUAUGAUUUUUUUCCCUUCGUCAUACGUUACUGUUUAUACUCUUCAUUAAGUUUUCAAUAUGUUAUCCUAUUAUAAUUCAUGGUAAUGCUUAUUGAAAUAACAUUUAAAAAAUCAACCCUACUGUAUUAUUGAUUUCUGCAUUGAGAAUAUUCCAAGUAGGGUUUUUCAUUUUCUUGCCUUCAUUGAUCAGAUUCCCUGAUAUCUUGAGAUUAAACCACGUUUUGUUUUGGCACUUAUUUUUUUUAUUAGAAAAGUGUCAGUUGAAUGGUCGAUGUCAGUCAGACAACCAUAUGUCUUAGGAAAUACUAGACUACUACUAUCAAGAGCAGGAGAAUAGUUUGGCUUUGCGGUACGGUAGUAUAUCCUGCCUUGUGGAAAUAGCCUUUGAACCUUAAGUCCUUUUGAGUAGGACACAAGGACGGGCCACUUGUCCUUCUUCAGCUAGAGGGUUUGAAAACAAAACCCCUUGGUUGUCUUACCUAGAUAUUAUUUCUGCUUUUCCUAUCACAAAACCAUGCUGUUUCUUAGAUCUCAGCUCAAACGAGAAGGCUUCUCGUAAUCACUAUUAAGGAUGGAAAAUUCCAGAAACUUGGAAGAUCCAAUUGGGAUUUAUGAAAAACCUGGUAAUUUUGGGAUCGUUUCCAGAAUUUUCCAGUCCUAACCACUAUAGUUCUUUGCUCUUUCUCUACCUACUUUAGGAAGAGCUUAACUCAUCAAUAAAAUGUAUUUAUAAAGCCCUUCUUACAUCAGCUGAUGUCACAAAGUGCUGUACAGAAACCCAGUCUAAAACCCCAAACAGCAAGCAGUGCAAGUGCAGGUGGCUAGGAAAAACUCAUGUUCCUUGUACCAGCACAGAGAGCACAGAUAUGACUGCAGCAGUGAGAACUGAGCAGAACCAAAUACGAGCCUCUUGGCUUGAACAGAAACAACACCACCAUAAUCCAAGGGACCAUUUAACAUCAUGCUCGUAAAUGUAUUCCUCCAACUUCACUUCUUUUAUCCUAAAAUCAAGUGCAAACACAAUCACAUCAAACGGUUCAUUAGAUAGAGCAAAGGGCAGAGUUUAGCUCAAGUUCCGGAGGGGAAUAGAGCGAGAGAAUGAACCUGGGAAAAGCCUACAAACGGCUCUAUGUGCACUCUGGGUAAUCUUUCCGACAUAACCUAAAUGGCUAGUGAGUGUAAUGUAAAGGAGUUGCCAGGGUGAUGAACAUGUCAUCAGCACUAUGAACUAACUCUCCCUACUCAUCUCUCUGCCUGAGGGGGAUAACACACAUAUUCACCCACAGAAAGAGAAAGAAAAGUUUUUUUAACACCAAACUAUGACCAUUUCAAAGAUUUUAGUUGUUGUGAUGAUCUGAACCACUCUUGAGGAAACUUUUCCAGUCACACGAACACUACAUCCCCAGGAGCCCAAACGAGCUUUUCGUCAUGAAUGUUGUUCUGGAGGCAGCUCUGCAGAGUGGUCACUAGCUGGCUCAGCCAUAAAGUCAUAACAUUAACACUAACCUUAACCACACUACUAACCCUAAUGCCUAAUCCUAUCCUUGAAGUAAGACCAAAAAUCUCAUUUUAGUUUUCAUGGAUUUUUCCAACAUAGCCAACUUUGACGUUCCAGCUGGUCUAAGGGGAAAUCGCUCAGUUCUGCCUCUAGGAUAAGACUGUGAAAAUAAGCGUCAACCUGAUACCCAAACAGAAGAUUACAACACCCUUCCUCAGAUGUUUCUCAUGAUUCCAUGUUGCUUUUUCAGUCAAUGUGACCGCCUCAUACAGUAGUUCAAAUCUGUUUCUUUUGUAAACAGUUUGUAAAAAAGACUUAGCGAAUGAGAAAGUAUUGUUUUUUUGCUUUAUGAUUUUUUACACACAUAUAUAUAUAUAUAUAUCAAUCAUUGAAUUGUAUUGCCGAGCUUAUUUUUCUAUUCAUGUGUGUGACAAGGUGGACAGAAGGUGGAAGGACUUAUACUCCCAGGUUGUUUGUGUGUUGAUUUGACUAUGUUGUUAUCGGAUUUUCUCUGGUGUUAUUGGUUGGUCUUGGUCUGUACCAUGUGCCAUUUAUUCUGCAGGGGGAGUCAAAGUUGAUCCUACCCCUGCUGUAUCACAUUGCUACUAUGAUGCCCCCCUCUCCCCCAUCGUCAGCCGAAAGUGCGGUAGCCCAGCCACAUACAGUGGCUGAAGACCAGGACUCAACAUACUGAGUUUUCCUUUUGACUUUGCUGAUCUCUCAAAAUAACACUUCCCUCAAAAUUAGACAAACAUACACUUUCAGUGCUGUGCUGUUUUACUAAGUAGAAUGUUCCAGUCUAGCAAUGUGUCAGACACCUAUUGGAGCGGACACACACGUGCUAGAAGGAGGGGAGCAUUUGGUGUUUCGGGCCUGAAAAGGGGUCAUCCCACAAACAUGCAGGAAGCAGUGUGUUCUGGGUAUUGUUUGCAUGCUUACAAAGUAAAUCGCCCUUCCAUCCGUCAGUCAUUGUUUCCUAUCCAUGUUAGAACAGACAUUUACGUGUCUACAUGGUCAAAUGCUUCUGUAUUAUAUUGCACUACAAUGUAACAGCGUUAUUGCUUAAUGCGUAGUCCAUACAAUAACCUUAAAGUGCUGGUCGAUGCCAGGUCAUAAUCUUUAUGUCUGGGCUCCAGGUAGAAGCUUCCCCUUAGGCACAGAUCUAGGAUCAGCCUCCAACUCCAAUCCUACUUCACCAUUAUGGGGUAAAAUACAAAACUGGCCUUAGAUCAGUGUCUCUAAAGGCAUCAUACCUACCUUCCGCUUUGUCUGAAGAUGAUGAUUAGGUAGAGGAAUUUCCUUUCUCAAAGAACUUCCUGACUUUAGCAGGAGAGGCUCAUGGGAUCGGUGCCACUGCUGACCGUAACGCUGAGUUAUGCACCAGCGUCGCUAUAAAUAUUAUAUUACCGCCAUUUUGGAGAAUGAUGUCUAUAGUGAUGUCACCACGAGCACCACCACAGCCACCUCUCUCACCCUAUCAUAAAACACACAUCUGUUCUGCGGUGUCACACAGUUUACAGACCUGAAGGGACAGCAAACACGGCGACGUUGAGACAACGUUGUGUGGUGUUGUGUGUUAGCUGGGAGUCUUCUGUAAUUGUGUGGUGAUGAGAAUUUGAGCAAAGAAAAUGUGUACUUUUAUUUUUGUUAAUUAAGACCCUGUUGUCCAGAGUCACAGGUUAGCUGAUGUUUUGGGUUUGAGGGAAUUUGAUAAAGAUUUUUCUAUGUAUUUUGUCAUUUGUUUUCGUUCUCUGAAAAUGAAACAGAUGGGCGAAAAGGGAUUUGAAUUGUUCAGUCAGUCCUCUCUUUGUAAAGAAGGUACAACAUAUCUUUUUAAUUUAUUCAGAGAUUUGUUCAUUUUUUUGCAACUUUUUCACUUUCUUUCAAUCGACAUCCUCCGCGAAAGUUUCAUCAUAACGAUGUUGUUUUUAUAUAAACAAACAUUGCUGUUUUAGAGUGCAAUUAAAGUGCAAUUUUAAUGUAAGUUCCCGAAAGGUCAUUUCCGGGGAUGCCAUCCCUUUUAUCUCCCAGAUGUUAAAGAUCCAACAGAGAUCAAUCAUGAUAACAAUAAACAUGUCAUACUGUGAAGGUUUCUGAA